AUGUCGGGUCCUGUGGUGGAAGGGGUUGACUUGAACGCUCUCAAUUACACCUCCCUCGUCCCAUACAAUGAAUCCAUACCCACCGGCGGAAACUCCCUUACUCAGGAUCUUAAUGUUCACUAUGAUGCCGGCGAUAUCGCUUGGAUGCUCACGUCCACCGCUCUCGUCUUACUCAUGAUUCCGGGCGUUGGCUUCUUCUACUCUGGACUCGCGCGAAGGAAAUCCGCGCUCUCCCUGAUAUGGCUCUCGAUGAUGGCUACUGCUGUCACCUCAUUCCAGUGGUUCUUCUGGGGCUACUCUCUCACUUUCUCACACUCGGCUGGAAAGUUCAUCGGAGACCUCGAAAACAUUGGCUUUAGGAAUACGUUGGCAGCACCGUCCGUUGGCAGCCCCAGGAUCCCGGAUCUUAUGUUCGCCGUGUACCAGGGCAUGUUUGCCGCUAUUACCGUAGCUCUCGCCGUUGGUGCUGUUGCCGAGAGAGGCCGUAUGCUUCCCUGCGUUAUUUUCAUGCUGGUCUGGGCCACUCUCAUCUAUGACCCGAUUGCUUGCUGGACGUGGAAUCCUCAUGGGUGGGUAGCGUCUAUGGGUGGUCUCGACUUUGCUGGUGGCACCCCUGUGCAUAUCUCAUCCGGAUCCGCUGCUCUAGCAUAUUCGCUUAUGCUUGGAAAGAGAAGGGGACAUGGGACCCAUGAGUUGAACUUCCGACCCCACAACGUGACUCAAGUCAUCAUCGGAACGGUCUUUCUAUGGGUUGGAUGGUUCGGCUUCAACGCCGGUUCGGCCUUGAGUGCAAGCAUGCGUGCUGUCAUGGCCGCUGUUGUUACCAAUCUCGCCGCUUCCGUUGGAGGAGUGACGUGGUGCCUGCUGGAUUACAGACUCGAAAGGAAAUGGUCGGCUGUCGGAUUCUGUUCUGGAGUCGUUGCAGGCCUGGUUGCGAUCACUCCAGGAUCCGGAUACGUGCCUGCUUGGUCCGCUGUGAUAUACGGGAUUCUUGCAGGAUCCGCGUGUAAUUACGGUACGAAGAUCAAGUUUCUCCUAGGCAUCGACGAUGCUUUGGAUAUCUUCGCUGUGCAUGCCAUUGGCGGGCUCGUCGGCAACCUCUGCACAGGCUUCUUUGCAGCUGAUUACAUAGCACAUCUGGACGGCUUCACCGUGAUUCCUGGGGGAUGGCUCAAUCACCACUGGAUCCAGCUCGCCUACCAACUCGCUGACUCUGUCUCCGGUUUCGCCUACUCGUUCGGCGGUACAUGUAUCAUCCUAUUCCUUAUGAACCUCAUCCCAGGCCUACGACUACGUGCAAGUGAAGAAGCUGAGGUCCUCGGUAUGGACGAUGCCGAGAUUGGCGAGUUUGCCUACGAUUACGUUGAGCUUACGCGAGACGUCCUCAACGGCGAUGCAUUGGUUGACGAAAGCGAGUCAAAGUAUUCUGGCGAUCAAGAUUCCCCAAUGGGUCGUGGUCAUGAGAAGAACUUUUCUACCUCUUCUGAUGAGAUCCCCAUGAAGAUACGCCAGCGGCCGUGA